GAACGCUUUGAGCAGAGGACAGACUGGGAGUGGGACAGAGUCCCUAACACUUUGGUCUGCUGCUCUGUGUGUUAUGGUAUGCAGGAGAACAAGGACUCCCUGGAGGACUGGGCUGAGAGCCUGACAGAGUUGAGCACCAUGAAGACAGACCUGUGCCAGUACAUCAUCACUGAUGAUGUACUGCUACUGCAGGAGCAGGUGGAGGAUCUUCACUACCAUUGGGAGGAACUUUGCUUCAAGGUGUCUCUGCGCAAACAGGAGAUCGCCGACCGUCUCAAUGCGUGGAUCAUCUUCAAUGAGAAGAACAAAGAGCUGUGUGAGUGGCUCACCCACAUGGAGAACAAAGUGGCGAACAAUGCUGACUUGAACAUUGAAGCAAUGGUGGAAAAGCUGAAGAAGGACUGCAUGGAGGAGAUCAACCUGUUUAGUGAGAAUAAAACCCAUCUGAAGCAGCUGGGAGAACAGCUUAUCACUGCAAGCAACAAGACCAAGGAGGCGGAGACCAACGUGAAGCUGAAGGAUGUCAACGACCGCUGGCAGCAUCUGUUCGACCACAUAGAGGCCAGGGUGAGGAAAUUGAAGGAGACGUUGGUCACGGUUCAGAAGCUGGAUAAAAACAUGAGCAACCUGCAGACGUGGCUGUCCUGCAUUGAGGCAGAGCUGGCCAAGCCGGUGGUCUACAAGGAUUGCCACAGCGAGGAGAUCCACAGGAAGCUGGCUGAGCAGCAGGGUUUACAGCUGGACAUAGAGCAGCACACUGAGAGCGUGGCAUCGGUGCUGAAGCUGUGUGACAUCCUGCUCCAUGAUGCUGAUGCCUGUGGCGGGGAUUCAGAGAACGACUCCAUCCAGCAGACCGCUUACAACCUGGACCGCCGCUGGAGGAACAUCUGUGCCAUGUCCUUGGAGCGCAGGAUGAGGAUUGAGGAGACUUGGCGUCUCUGGUGUAGGUUCCUAGAUGAUUAUUCUCGUUUUGAAGGCUGGCUAAAGUCAGCUGAGCUCACGGCAGCCAACCCUGCUUCUUCUAAUGUCCUCUACACCUGUGCCAAAGAGGAGCUCAAGAAGUUUGAGGCAUUCCAGAGGCAGGUUCAUGAGCGGCUGACUCAACUGGAGCUGGUUAACAAACAGUACCACCGCCUGGCCCGAGAGAACCGCACUGAUGCUGCCUGCAAGCUGAAGCUCUUGGUUCAUGAUGGGAACCAGCGGUGGGACUCCCUUCAGAGACGGGUGGGGGCUGUGAUCCGCAGGCUGAAGCACUUUACUUCCCAGAGAGAAGAGUUUGAAGGAACCCGUGAAGGGAUACUGGUCUGGCUCACAGAGAUGGACCUCCAGCUCACCAAUGUGGAGCACUUCUCCCAGAGCGACAUCGAAGACAAGAUGAGGCAGCUGAGAGGCUUCAAGCAGGAGAUCACCCUCAACACCAACAAGAUCGAUGCCCUGAUAGUUUUUGGGGAGAAUCUGAUCCAGAAGAGCGCUUCUCUGGACGCUGUGCUGAUUGAGGACGAGCUGGAGGAGCUUCAUUCCUACUGCCAAGAGGUGUUUGGCCGGGUGGCUCGCUUCCAUCAGCGCCUGAUCAACAGAAGACCGGUUUUGGAUGAGGAGAUGUCAGACCAGGAAACUGACCUGGACCGGUCCUCCAGUGUGAGGAGGAAGAAGGAAGAGAGUGAACCUUCAGGUCUUGGCGGAGUCUCAGCUGGACGGCCGGCAACAUCCCACCUAUUGGUGCCUCCUCCAGAACGCUCAGGAAGAGAAACCCCAGUCAGCGUGGAUUCCCUUCCCCUGGAGUGGGACCACACCGUGGAUGUGGGAGGGUCAUCUUCCCACGACGAUGAAGAGGACGUCCCAUUCUUCAGUGUUCUGUCAGUGAAAUCCGUUACUGAGCAACCCAGCUGGCAUCAACCUGGCUCCCCGCAGAGGAACCGUGUUGCCAGAGACCUGAGCCGAGGUCUGUGCUCCACCCCGACUCACCGCAGCAGCUUUUUGUUUCAUCAAGGAGGACAUGCUUCAAUCAUGUCAGACGGCGGUGGGAGCAUCAACACUGGGAGGAGAGUCAAGCUGAUCCUCAAUGACGACCAGGAAGUGGAGGUGGAAGGUCUGAACAGCAGCACAGCCAACAGGCAGAACAGCGCAGGUGUGAUGGAGCGCUGGGAGCUGCAGCUGACCCCGAACCUCACAGAUCAGGCAAACAUCGAGGAUAUCUUGGAGCAGUGGCACAAACUCAACUGUGAGCUCUGUGAUGUCACUUCCUGGCUAAGCAGGGUGCUGCCAGAGCUGGAGAGAUUGCAGCGCAUGGCCCCGCCCACCAGCAUGCAGGACCUGGAGGCCCAGAUCAGGAAGCUUAAAGAGAUGCAGAGGACCUUCAACAGCCACAAAUGUCUUAUGAUGUCUGUCAACCUGAGAAGCCAUCACUUCCUGCGGACAGACGGCACCGAGCUGCAGGAGCUGCAGGAGGUGCUGGGCUCAGCCAGUCACAGCUGGGCUCAGGCCUGCAGCGCCUUGGAGAACUGGCAGAGGAAGCUGUACCACGCUGUCCUGCAGUGUCAGGAGUUCCAUGAAGCUCUGGGGUCCCUGCUGCUCCUCCUCUCUGAAGCUGAGAAGAAACUGCAUGAUGUCAGCAUCUACAGGACACCGGCGCCCCUGAAGAGAGACAUGCUGAGGGUGAGGGACCAGGAGGGAGGUUCUCGGACCAGGAGGGAGGUUCUGGGAUCAGGAGGGAGGGUCAGGGAUCAGGAGAGAGGUUCUGGGAUCAGGAGAGAUGUUCUGGGAUCAGGAGAGAGGUUCUGGGCUCAGGAGAGAGUUUCUGGGCUCAGGAGGGAGGUUCUGGGAUCAGGAGGGAGGUUUUGGGAUCAGGAGGGAGGUUCUGGGAUCAGGAGAGAGGUUCUGGGCUCAGGAGGGAGGUUUUGGGAUCAGGAGAGAGGUUCUGGGCUCAGGAGGGAGGUUCUGGGAUCAGGAGGGAGGUUCUGGGAUCAGGAGGGAGGUUCUGGGAUCAGGAGGGAGGCUCUACAGGAGGAGCUGCAAAGCAGACUUCAUCAGGUUUCAGCUUUGCAGGAGAUCUCCUCACUCCUCCUGGUGGAGGCCACCUCUGAGGAAGGUCUGGAGGCCAAGGAGAAGGUCAAUGUCAUUAGGAAUAAGCUUCAGCUGUUGCUGCAGAAGGUUGCUGCACAGCUGGGUUCUCUGCAGGAAGUUCUGGACUGUUCCACUGGCUCUGAAGAUUUCAGGUUCCCUCUGCUGCUUCCUCAGGAGGCCGUUUCACGAGCAGCUCCCCCCUCAAAGGCUCCUCCUGUCAGAGAACAGAGAAGGGACGUCUUCUCCCGGCUCCUCCGUGCCGCCUUUUCCAUCCACCUGCUGGUCCUGGUUCUGCUGGUCCUGGUUCUGCUGGUGCCACUGUCUGACCAGGACCACAGCUGUAUGCUGUCCAACAAUUUUGCUCGAUCCUUCCACCCGAUGCUGCACUACACCAACGGUCCUCCGCCCACCUGACGCUGCUGGGAUCUCCUGACCUGCUCUCCUGCAGGUUCUAGAGGUUCCCUCUGGAUGAACUUUGAAUUUAAAGCCAUAGUUAGGCCCGAGCAGCGAAGCGCUGCGAAGGCCUAUUGUAAUUCUGCUUGGUUUUUUAAAUCAGUAUUUAUUUUCAUGUCUGAAGCAAACGAACAAGAAGAAGAAAAAGAAGAAGAGCGGCCAUUUUCAGAGAAGGACAAACAAAAAUGGUUUUGUUUU